UUUGUUUAGCGUGUCAGAGACUGGGAGAAGAUGAUUGGCACUCCCUGGCUCCUUUGGAUGUACAGCUGUUCAGAUCCCUAGAACAUACCCUCCAUUCUGACGAGUUAUCAGUGCAUAGGGUGCUUACUAGAUUCUUGCCAGCCAGUACAGUUCAAGCUACACACAGCACCGCUCAACUAUUCUCUACCCCAUUAUCUAGCUAAAUCUGGUCCAACUAGACAGCAGACACAGCUAGUUAAUUCAGUAAAGCCAGGGGUAGCCCUACUUCUACGGUUGUUCAGUACCCACGGUAACAAUUCCUCUGGGCUGGGCUAACUAGUUGAGCCACUCCUCCCAAUUCUCAAGGCUAGGUACAUGUCUCUGUCUAGCUGCUUCUUCAGCUUCUUGCUCAGUUUUGUGGCUUAGAGAAAGGCCAGCUACUCAGGGGGAAGAGUCCAGAUGAAAGUCUGGCAGCCAGGUGACGUCCAAACGGUCAGUUAUUCGUUCCACCAACUUUUUAAUCUAGUCUAGUCCUGCUUGCACUGCUUCUACUACUACUGCUACUCUUCCUACUACUACUGCUGCUACUCUUCCUAGCUAGUCAAAGGUUUCUUUUUUUUUAUAACUACAUAUACAUAUGCACAAAGAGACAUCAAAGCUUACAUCAAAGGACACAGAUUUUUAGCCUACUUGACUGAUAAGGCCGUUACCUAGACUACACUUUGUUUGUCAGGGAGGAGCUCACAUAAAACUUCAUCUAAUUCAUCAUAACGAUUCCUUACCCAUUGUUGUAAUUUCUACAACAGAUUGCCAAGGAAAGGGAUAUACACCAUCUUCUGUUUAUACACUGUAAAAACAUGAUGUGUGGUUUUAAUGCAAGCUGCGUAACUUGUACAAAUGUGCGUUUUUACCUGAUAUUUGCCAAAAUUAAGCAUGCAAACCACACACUAUUUUUUAAAGUGUAGGGCUUGUAUCAUUCAUUGCAUCCACCAGCGAGACAAUUAUUUUAACCUGAGCUAGCUCACUACAGCAACUAAAACUAUCCCUCUACGGCAUCUGGAAGCGUAAAGUAAUUUUGUUGCACGUGACGUGUCCAACCUCGGCGCGCGCCGGGUCGUUGCAAAGCCACACCCAUUAAUGGCACUCUUUUGUUUUGGUAGCCUCGAUUCAUGGCCGCAUUUAAUCGGCCUAGAAUGGAGGCUAAGCUUUUGGCUGCUUUGGAUUCGAGGCUAGUCUCUUCCUCAUGAUCCAUCUCUCAUGAUCCUCUUGCUUGGCGCGGCAGGCACAUGCAUGGCCCGUACUAAGCAGACAGCUCGUAAGCAUUCCUCUUCUAACUAUGAGUUAGCCAAGGUAGAGAAGCUAGCCACGCUGAAGAAAAAGCUAGCCAAGAGCUUAAUACAGGCUGUUCGUAACAAAUAUGUCACGAAAGUGAAAUCUCUGUUGGCAUGCGGGGCAUGCCCCAACCACCAGCUCUACUGGAGUAAGGAGUGGGGAACAAGGUUGCCUCCAUUACACAGAGCUUGUUGUGACGGCCACCUUGAGAUUGUAAAGAUGCUUGUUACCCAUUUAUCCGGCCAUGGAGCUUGUACCUGUUUUACUGAUGACGGUGGUGGGGAGGCUAACAGAGCUCCACUUCACUGGGCAUGCUCGGGAGGUCAUAUCGAGGUGGUGCAGUACUUGAUCAAGGAGGUCAACUGCAGCACUGAUGUGAGGGAUGAUGAGAGACAGUCCCCACUGGAUAUAGCUAUGGAUCCUGACACUCUGCGAGAGAAGGAAGGCUGUUUGGAUGUUGCCCUCUACCUGAUAUGCCGUGGCUGUGGUAGUGAUAAGGACAAAGACAACUUACUGCAUGCAGCAUGUUGGUGGGGCAAGCUGGAUAUAGUGAAAGAACUGGUUGAGCAACACAAAGUUGACCCCGAAAAACUGCCUGUCAAUGAAUGGAACAAACGAGACUAUAUGUGGAGCGAUGAGGAGGGUUUUGAUGAAGAAGAUGAGGAUGAGGAUGAGUUACAGUUACCACUGGACAAAGCUCUAGGCCCUGAUUAUCAUGAGUGCGAUAAUGAAGAAGGCCGUGUGGAUGUUGCCCUCUACCUGAUCAACCGUGGCUGUGGAUGGAGUAUGCACGAGGAAAAGUUACUGUGUGCAGCAAGUCGAUGUGGCAAGCUGGGUGUGGUGAAGGAACUGAUAGAGCAACACAAAGUUGACCCCAAGAAUGUAACGGAUGAUUGGGAACAAUCACCACUGAACAUAGCUCUGAAUUCUGACUACCUGUAUGGCUGUCUGGAUGAUGGUUGCAUGGAUGUUGCUCUCUACCUAAUGAGCCGUGGCUGUGGUGGUGAUGAGCACAAGGUCAAGUUACUGUGUGCAGCAUGUUGGUGGGGCAAGCUGGGUGUGGUGAAACAACUGGUUGAGCAAGACAAGGUUGACCCCAAGAAUGUGAGGGAUAAUAUCAACAGGACCCCACUCCACAAUGCAUGCGCUCGGGGACACAAAGAUGUGGUGCAGUACUUAGUGGAAAAGGCCAACUGUGAUAUCAGUGCAACUGACAAAAAUGGCGAUACUCCUCGUGACAUUGCUACACAGCGGGGUUACACUGAAAUUACUGACUUCCUAAAGCCUCUGCCACAACAACCUGCUGUGACUGAAGAGAGUGAGGAGAAUGGACCACCAACAAAAAAACAAAAAGGUGACUUACCUAGCUGUUAUUGAUCAAAAACCUUAUAAUUAUGCCACCCAGUACAAGUAUUAUGCAAUGUCAUGUAGUGUACUUGAUUCUCAUAUUUAUCGUUUGCGUUACCACUUUUCAUUAUUAUUUUCACUGAGUCUGUUGGAACGCUAAAUAAGUCAUGCAUGUAUACAAUGUCAUGUAUAUAUAUAUAUAGUACUUGAUUCUUAUCCUCAUUUAUCGUUUGUCUUAUACAUGUACCACUUUUCAUUAUUAUUUUUUCACUGUUGGAACACCACGAGACUCCAAAAUGCAUUAACGAUAAAAUUUUUAUGAGUCUGAAAGAA